AUGUUUUCCCAAGCUUCCAGACAGUCUGUUUCUCGCCUUGAGCGUAGGGUAGCUACUUCGAAGAUUAUAUUCCGCCAUCCACGAGCUUUCUCCACCUCUGGAAAUAUCCAAGCACGAAGAAGAGACCAAGUCAUACCGAAUACAUCAAUCAAGGUGUUCCGCGACAUCCCGGCGCUGCGCCAAUGGCGUUCUAAACAGCUUCACGAUUACCGCUCGGUUGGUCUCGUGCCCACGAUGGGAGCUCUGCAUGAAGGCCACCUCUCCCUAAUACGCCUCGCAGCGAAGGAAAACUCGUCCGUAGUAGUCAGCAUUUAUGUCAAUCCUACUCAAUUUGGCGUACACGAAGACCUCGACAGCUAUCCAAAGACAUGGACAAAGGAUGUGGAAAUGUUGAAAGAUCUUGACAGAGAACUGGCUUCUGAUGGUGGAAAUUUGGGGACGAUCGCGGCGGUGUUCGCACCUACAACGGAAGAGAUGUACCCGAGCGGACCACCGAGUCAAGAACUUGAUGGGAAGGGAAGCUUCGUCACAAUCACUCCUGUCGGGGAGGUUCUUGAGGGCGCAAGCCGGCCUACAUUUUUCAGAGGCGUGGCUACGGUCUGCAUGAAACUGUUCAACAUCGUAACGCCGGAGAGGGUCUACUUUGGCCAGAAGGAUGUUCAACAGACGGUGGUGAUCAAGAAGAUGGUCAAGGACUUCCGUAUGGAUACCAAUGUUGUUAUUGGAGAGACGAAGAGGGAGCCGGACGGGCUUGCGUUGAGCUCGAGGAAUGUAUAUCUUGGUUCGAGAAGGCGUAAAGUUGCGACAGUGCUAUCGAUGGCAUUGAGAGUCGCCGAGGCAGCAUAUUCUCGUGGUUGUCGAUCGAGAGAUGAACUUCUCGGACCUGCAAAUGAAUUGGUCAAGCUGCUGUUGGAGGCACAAUUCCAGAUGAAGCCCGAGGACAGGGUGAAAUUUGCGAUUGACUACAUCUCCUUGGCUGAUCCAGAUACUAUGCAGGAGCUGGAAGAUGUGGAUGAGGCCACGGGAGCUAUCCUGAGUGGUGCGGUGAAGAUGCUAGCUGUCGAAUCACCGCAACCCGGAGAAGACCUUGGUCUGGCUGGUGGACCCCCUGUGAGAUUGAUUGAUAACAUCAUCCUCAAGCCAACAAAAGCAUGA